GACUCCUGCCAGAUUGCUGGAUAACUGGGACUGCUGUUAGGCAGGGUAAAAAAUAUUCCAACCAGCUUUUCCUGAUAAUAUCCUACUUUCAGAGCUGUCUCGCGGUCUUCAGAAUAGUGACAUAGGACAUCUUAAGCACCCUGGAUAGGAAACACUUUUUUCAGCUGGAUGAAGCUGGAUCAUAGUAUCAAUAUGGGCACCAUCAUUCCUGUAAUAUUCCUGCUGCUAGUUGUGCUGGAUGGAAGCAUGACAGCUGCUGACCCAGUGAGUACCUUGCAGAGAGAAAGAGGAGAGUGGUGUAAUGAACACCAAAAGGUCCACAAACGUUUGGAUGCAAUAGAGGAGAGAGUGACAAAAACUGUGGAGCACCUGUAUUCUGAAGUCAAUUCUUUGCUCGACACCAUUUCUGGAUCUUCUUGGGCCCUGUCGGUAGCACCCAGUGGCCCUCUCUUGAAUAUAUUUGAGGAAGAUUCUAGAUGAAGAUGCAGAACAAUACUUACUUUCUGAACACAAUUUUUAUAUUUUUCCAUUGUGUGCUUUGUGACAAAUAAAGGUAUAUUUUACUACACCA